CUCGCGCCUCGCCGACAGACAUGAGCGCACGCGAGACCUUCACCUGAGCUAUCACAAGCCUCUCGACCAUCUGGGCGUUGCGCCCGUGCUCUCCCGCGCCUCUGGUCACCCGCCGCGUCGUCAUCAGGCAACCUCGACGACCGACCACCCUCGACAUCGACAACGACUCAAGGACCGGUGUACGUCUUCGGCAUGGACUUUGGGAGGUCCAACAAGCGUCCGGAGCAUGCCGGUGGCGCUGUGCGGGGCUUGGGAAACGGUGCCACAGGUCAACCAUCUUGCACCCGGCCGACCUCGACGAGAUCGCAGCGCUCGGUGCGACCUUUGGCUUGGGGGUGCUCACUUAUGUCAUGAUGCGUCCUCGUCUCGCUCGGCGGCGAGGUCGGGCAGGCCUGAGAAGGUCGACUUACUGACCUCCUCCUUCUCCCUCCCUCCCUCUCCUCGUCUACAGGCUGCUCCUGUCGUCUGGGCCAUCGAUCGCCCGCUUCCUCCUCCGCCUCGAGCGGCCCUGACCUCUCCCUUUCUUCCCACCAAGCCUGGCCCACUCGCCCGGGCAAAGUCCCGAUCAGCCUCUCUCUCUAGAUGUCUGCGAGGACGAGAAACGCGACUCGGCCUGUUCGUCUCCCUU